AUGCGGCUCGACUACUACGUCCCUGUCGACAACUGGACAUCCACUGGGGACUGUAACCCACAAUACGCGCAAUGGGAACCCGGGGCCUCGGGGCACAACGGUGGCCGCGAGCUCGUCCUAUGGGCCGAAGCGAUCCGCCUUAUCUACACGAACGAGGCAAGCAUCCUUACGCGACGUGCUGGCCCCGUCCUCGACCUUACCUUCUCGAACUGCCCCUUCACCUUAGACAUUGUUGAUGGGGCGCGCAACCCCGGCACAGAUCGCAUAGCGCUGGAGAUCUCGUUCCCCAUCCCAGACUACGUUGCCUCGUCGGCAAGGGAAACACACCUUCUCGAGCCGCCUUAG